AUGGAGAACAUGAAUCCUGAAGAUGUUUUGAAUUUCAUGGUAUUAGUCAACAACCUGAAACAUUUUCCGCGAAGAGGUUGGGCUUACCAGGGUGUGGAAAAUGUUGAGCAAAUUGCGGGCCACAUGUAUUCUAUGGGAAUGAUGACAUUCUUCCUUGGAAAUGACUCCAAACUAGACAGGUUAAAGUGCCUACAGUUAGCUGUUGUUCAUGAUUUAGCUGAGAGUAUUGUGGGGGACAUCACACCUCACGAUAACAUACCUGUAGAAAAAAAGCACCAAAUGGAAGAUGAAGCGAUGAAAGGCAUCAGUAAGCUAGUAGGAGAUGAAGUAGGAUCAUUAAUUUAUACCCUGUAUAAAGAAUAUGAAGCGAAAGAAACCCCAGAGGCGAAAUUUGUUAAGGAUUUAGACCAGUUUGACCUGCUAUGUACAGCUUCAUACUAUGAAAACCGUGACCAGACCCCAGGAAAGCAUCAAGUGUUCUUUGACGUGAUGGAAGGAAAAAUCAAACAUCCAUUUAUUAAAAAGUUGGUAGACACUUUGGAAGCUCAAAGAGUGAGACAAAGAAAGGGACAUCUGGAUGAGGGUGAUGAUAUCAAGUCAACCUUGAAUGGAACAAAAGAAUAG